AUGGCAGGCUUUUUACGUGGAAAACAAGCUGGUAUACAAAAUGAUCUAUCUGCCGGUAUCUUGCCAGGCUUGUUUGCGCCGGAUGAUUUGGAUCGUUUUGGGAUCAAUUCGCAAAUAGGUUCUCUCGCAUAUGAUCCAGUACAAUCUUUACUUGCUGUCGGAACGAACGAGACAACCUUUGGAAGCGGACAAAUUUACAUCUUUGGUCAGAAGAGAGUACAAGCAAAGCUUACAUUACCCCGUCGAGCAUCAGCUAAAACUCUACAAUUUUGCGCCGACAGACUUAUUAGUUUGGAUUCGAAGAACGAAGUUAUAGUAUGGGAUUUAGCAACAGCAAAGAAGUUGGCAGCUUACUCCCCGCCAGGAAUUGUGACUACCCUUGUGACGGAUCCUAUGCUAGAUUGGUGUUUGAUUGGAUUACAAACGGGAGAUAUUAUAUGCUACGACUUGGAUAGGGAGAAGCUUGCGCCUUUACGACUUCCGAAUUUCUGGCGCGAAAAGAAUCCAAGAUCGAGGUUGUUGAGCUGUGUAUCUUUACAAUUACAUCCUAGAGAUAUUGGGCAGUUAUUGAUAGGAUAUACCGAGGGAGCUGUGAUAUACUCAUUUAAACAGAACAAACCCGUCAAAUACUUCCAAUACGAAGUUCCAGCCGGAGCUCCUGGUGGGAAUGGAGAUCCUUUGGGAAAGAAUGCAUCUAGACAACCACGCCUUACACAAGCUCUAUGGCAUCCCACUGGAACUUUCAUUGCUACAGCGCAUGAUGAUGCAAGCAUUGUAUUUUGGGAUCCAAAAGACGGAAGAAUUGUGAUGGCUCGGACUCUACAAGAUACACAUGUGAACGUACCUGGAUCUCAGCCGCAAGGUUCUGGCACCUCGCUCGGUACGUUCUCCCUCAAGGAAGACUUUGCAAAAAUAGCUUGGUGCUGCAAAGAAAACCCGGAUGAUACUGGUCUCCUUGUGGCUGGAGGGGUCCCAACCACGACACCUACCAAAGGUAUGACAUUUAUGGAGUUGGGUGUAACUCCUGUUUAUGCGACGUCAACUUGGCAAGUCUUGACUGAUCACUUUAAUGCAAAACGUCAACAUUUCCUUCCAACUCCUACCGGGGCAGACAUUGCAGAUUUUUGUCUCAUUCCUCGUGCUUCUCCACAUUUUGCCGGAGCUCAAGACCCUAUUGCCAUUAUUGCACUUCUCACAUCGGGUGAAUUAGUCACAUUAAGCUUCCCUAGUGGUCAUCCUGUCUCUCCUACAAACCAACUUCAUCCCUCCCUUUCCUUUGUCCAUCCGUUUGUCAAUUUCAUGGCAGUAUCUGCCGUUGAUAGAGGUCGAUGGCUUGGCAUGACAGAAACUCGUGCUAUGGGUCCACCGAUUCUGAAAGGGGGUGCAGAAGGAGUGAAACACCUACGGAGAUAUGAAGCACGGAAUAUCAUUCAGACGGCUCACGGAGAUGGCACAAUCAGAAUUUGGGACGCUGGCCAUGGAGAUGAAUUGGAAAACUCUACUUCACUACAAGUCGAUAUCGCCAGAGCAGUCGCACGUUUCGAAGAUGUCAAUAUCUCUACAAUUAAUAUGGCUUCAGCUACUGGAGAGUUAUGCGUUGGCACGACUGCUGGUGAAGUGGUAGUUUAUAGAUGGGGCGGCAACAGAGCUUACGGUAGCGAGCAGCCUCCAAAUGAGACUCAACGUGGUGGUAUCACAGAUAUCUCUAUUCGUGCUGAGCCAUCUCUCAAAGAAGGUCUACAACCAUUCAUUCUCUAUGAUAUCCCGCAGGGAUCCAUAAGUGCGACACGAAUGUCAGAUGUUGGAUUCGUAGGAGUGGGAUCUGAAGGUGGACUUUUCUCAAUCAUAGAUCUCCGAGGACCAUCUGUCAUUUUCAGCGCCGCAAUGAGUGACUUCAUCAAGCAAGAUAAAAGAAGUAGUUUCAUGAGAAAGGGAAGUAGCCAAACAUCUGCCAGAUCUGAGUGGCCUGUGUGUAUUGAAUUUGGCGUUAUGACGCUAGAUGAUGAUAAAUACUCUAGCAUUGCUUGUUUCGUAGGAACAAACAAUGGUAAAGUCACCACAUUCAAAAUUCUACCACAGCAGAAUGGUGGAUAUACAGCUCAAUUUGCAGGAGUGACAGCUUGUUCCGACAAGGUAAUUUCAAUUACGCCAAUUGUGGCUGAAACUGGAAAACCUGCAUCGGCAACUGGGCCUACAGUAGCUGCGCUUCGCAGUGGACAGCAAACUAAUGGUGCCCUUGUAGUUGUGACCCAAACUGAAGCCCGUAUCUUCAAACCUUCCAGCGCCAAAGGUGCUCAUAAAACCUUCGACGAUGUUUUUUGUGAUUCCGCUGCUGUCACGGAAUUCGAACCUCAUGGUUUCGCACUCGUUGGCGUUUUUGGUGAUGGUACAACCCGCGCUUACUCCCUACCAGCAUUGAAAGAAAUCGGCAUGUCCAAGCUUGACAUGCUGGACAAGACUCGUUCUUCAAACAGUGUCGUGACGCCUUCUGGGGAUAUUCUAGGUUGGACAGGCCCAAGUGAGAUUGCAAUGGUUAAUGUAUGGGGAACCGGACUACCACUCGGCAGAAGCCAGGAUAAGUUAUUCAAUCCCGAAGCAUUAAUUCCUCCGCGUCCCACCAUAUCAAAUCUUCAAUGGAUAUCAGGAACUCAAUACGUCUCACCAACCGAUCUGGAUCUCCUAAUUGGUGGUCCCGAUCGUCCACCUAGUAAACGCAUGCUUGCGGCGUCAGCGGAGGAAGAACGUCUAGCUCGAACUUCUGGUGGUGGUGGAGCAGGACCUAGUGGAACUCAAGAGGGAUGGGGUGACUAUAUGACAAGACAGCUAAACGAGAGAACGGAGAAACUUAACAUUAUGGGUGAUAAUCUGGAUAAGGUGCAGGAGAAUAGUGCUGGGUGGGCGGAUGAUGUUAGCAAGAUGUAUGGAUGGGCGUUCUUGGGAUUUAGCGGAUACCUGGUAUGGGAAUCAUACUUCGAGAAUGCUUGA